AUGACAGAUACAUCUAGAAUAACAAUAACUAAAACUAAUAGUUAUAUAUCACAAUUUACAGAAGAAUUUUCAAAAAUUAUCCGACGUUAUAAAAAACAUUGUAUAUAUAUUAAACGAUUACUUGAAGAAGCUGAUAAAUCUUACAAUGAAAUAAAUGAUAAACGUGUUCUUACAUCUGAAAAAUUUUCUGAAAUUAAAUUAUCAAAAUUAGAUCGUGAAUAUAUUAAUAAUAUAUCAACACGAUCAUUAGCAUUAAUAAUAUGUUCACAAACAUAUAAUGGAAAAGCACGUUUUGUUAAUGAACUUUUAAAUGAACCUUUAUUACCAGAAUCACCAAUUAUUCAAAAUAAUGAUAUUGUACGCAUGGUUCGAAUUAAGCAUCAUUCAACAACUGGUGCUAGUUUAAAUAUAUCUGGUUCAUUUGAACUUAUUGAUACUGAUGGUGUACAUAAAUCUGUAUCAUGGUCAACUGUUCCACGUGAUGAUAUAAUUGUAAAGGAUCAAAAUGAUUUUCAUCCACAUCGAAUAGAUGAAGAUAAUGAUCAAUAUGAAACACCAUUAUUAGAAAUUCGAAAACCUUUACAUUUACUUAGUAAUCAUGUACAAAUGAUAGUAACACCAAGUAAUCAAAAUUUACAUAUUAAACAAUUUUAUUCACAAAUAACAGAAGAAAUUAUACCUAUAUUUAUUUAUAUAAUUGAUCAAGAAAAAUUAUCAGAAAAUGAUCUAGAAGAAUUAAGAUCAUUUCGUACGUUUGCAACAAAUGAACCAAUCUUAUUUAUUCGAAGUGAUCAAAGUGAUUCAACUAAUAAUUUAUUUGCAGAUACAGAUGAAACACCAUGUGUAGAAGUAUUUAGACAAUUAUGUGAACUUGGUUUUGUUUCUUUAUUACCCCCUGAGUCUUGUGAUAAUACAUCUGAAAUAAGUUCAUCUCUACUUCAAAGUGAUAUGAUUGAUAAUGGUUUAAGUAAUCCUUCAUUAUUUUUAAAUUAUAUUCGUAAACAUGUUGAUGGAUUAGCUAUUCGUGCUGUUAGUAUUUUACAAUGUUCACAAGAACUUUGUUUAGAUGUUUUCAAUGAUAGUGCUUUCGAAAUGGCAAGAGAUAUGCUGAUAACACCUAAACGAUUAAGUUAUGCACGUGAAAAAGAAAAAGAUUUAUAUGAAUCAUUAAUUAGUUUAACAAAUUCCAAACAAAAUGAAAUUCAAAAGUUAAUUUGUGAAGCUGUUAAUGAUAUACAAGAAACAUUAACUGAUCAAGCUUGCUCAUUAGAAAUUUCAGGAAUUGAAUUAACUGACCAAUUAACAGUAAAAACUGCCAGAGAUUUAAAAAAAUGUACAAGUAUUGUACAAGAAUUUGUACUUGUACGAUUAAAUAAAGCAAUUGGUGAAAAAUUAUUAAGUUCAGUUAGUAUUUUACAUCAAGAUUAUGUUGGAACAUUAACACGUUGUCUUAGUCAUUUGGAACGUAAUCAAGAUGAUGAUGAAGCAAGUAUAUCAGCAAGCAAAGCUUUACAAGAGAUUCUUCAAUCAGCAUAUCAAGUAAAUGUAUCAUUACCAACAAAUUCAAAUUUAUUUAAAAUAUUAAUUAUUAAAAUGAAAGAGGUCUUUCGAACAUUCAGUUGGAGUAAUUGUCCACGUAUUGAUCCUGAUUUUAAACGUUCAGUUGCAUUAAAUAUGUUACAGAAUGUCAGUGAUGCAAAAUUAGCAAAAAGUGUUUGUGCACAAUUGAAUGAUCGUAUACGUAUGUCACAUGAUAAUUUUGAAACUUUACUUAAACAAUUAGAACAUCGACAUUCUGAUCGUUUAAAAUCAACUGAAGACAAACAACAACGUGUACGAAAAGAAUUUACACCAAAAAUAGCACGACAUUUACUUGAAAGUACAUCACUCAAGGAUCUUAUUUUGUAUGGUAUACCAAAACAAGGACAUGAAAUUGGUCGUGGACAAUAUGGAGUUGUAUAUGAAUGUGAAAGGUGGGCAAAUCAACGUUCAUGUGUAUUAAAAUCUGUUAUUCCACCUGAUGAUCGUCAUUGGAAUGAUCUUGCUUUAGAAUUUCAUUAUUUAAGACAAAUUCCAGAUCAUCCAAGAAUUGUUAAAUUAAUUGGAUCAGUUAUUGAUUAUUCAAUUCGUGAUUAUACACCCGUAUUACUUGUAAUGGAAAGACUUACACGAGAUUUAUAUGUUGCAUUAAAACAUAAACUUUCAUUUGAUAUUAGAAUUCAUAUUGCAUUAGAUGUUGUUGAAGGUUUACGGUAUUUACAUGGAUUAGGUCUUGUUCAUCGAGAUAUAAAAUUAAAAAAUGUUUUGUUGGAUGGAUCUAAUCAUGCACGUAUAACUGAUCUUGGCUUUUGUAAACCAGAAGUAAUGAUGAGUGGUUCUCUUGUUGGUACUCCAAUUCAUAUGGCACCAGAAUUAUUUACAUCAAAAUAUGAUCAUUCAGUUGAUGUAUAUGCAUUUGGUAUAUUAUUUUGGUAUAUUUGUUCGAAUGGUGUUAAAUUACCGAAUAAUUUUGAUAUUUGUUCAACAAAAGAUGUUCUUUGGUCACGAGUAAAACAAGGUGUUCGACCUGAACGUUUAAAUAAUUUUACUGAUGAAUGUUGGGAAAUAAUGACAAAAUGUUGGGAUUCUCAACCAUCUCAACGUCCAUAUUUAGGUGAAGUUCAAGAAAAACUUGAACAAAUUCUUAGUAAAAUAAUGACACGUGCUUAA